CCGCGGCGCGUGCGUGAAGGGACGGGGGCGGUGUGUGUGGGACCGGCCGGGGUCGCGGCGCGAGCGUGAGGGGACGCGGGGCUGGCGGGCCGGUGAGGGGUGAGGAGAGCCGGCAGCCACCCGGACCGACCGUCCGCACCCCGGUGGUCGCGGGGCGCCUGCUCGCGGAGGCCCAGCUCGUCACUGAUUUGCCGUUGCUGCUGCCAUUGUGACGGAUCGCCUACCCCUGCGCGCCUGCUGGGUGCUCACUGCAGGAAAUGUUAAGAGAUGGCCUUCAGGGAGAAAGGAAAUGAAACCAAAUGGAAAUCUGGAUCUACAGGAAAGAAUGAAAAGCAGUGGCAAUGGUAACUACGUAGCUGCAUCUUCUUAGGAUCUCCAUUACUCAAAAAAGCAUCAUCAAAAACAAGGAGGGCAUGGACGCCGAGUCACUAACUGCCAGGUCCCAUACACUGGUGACCUUCAAGGAUAUACUUGUGAACUUCACCAGAGAGGAGUGGAAGCUGCUGGAUACUGCUCAGCAGAUCAUGUACAAAGAUGUGAUGCUGGAGAACUAUAAGAACCUGAUUUCCUUGGGGCAUCAGCUUCCCAAACCAGAUGUGAUCCUCCAAUUGGAGAAAGGGGAAGAGCCGUGGCUGGUGGAGAGAGGGAUUCACCGGGAGACCCAUCCAGAUUUGGAGACUGCAGUUGAGAUUAAAUCAUCAAUUUCCAGUAAGAGCAUUUCUAAAAAUAAACAAUCCUAUGGUAUUAAAAUGGAAGGAAUUGCAAAGAAUGAUCUCUGGUAUUUGUCAUUAGAAGAAGUCUGGAAAUGUGAAGACCAGAUGGACAAGUAUCAGGAAAACCAGGAGAGACAUUUGAGGCAAGUGGCAUUCACCCAGAAGAGAGUACUUACUCAGGAGAGAGUCUGUGAAAAUGGUAAAUAUGGGGGAAACUGUCUUCUUCCUACUCAGCUGGUACUGAGAGAGUAUUUCCAUAAACAUGACUCACAUACUAAAAAUUUAAAACAUAAUUUAGUUUUUAGUGGUCAUCAGGAAAGCUAUGCAAGUAGCAGUGAAUGUGGUCCAACCUUCUGUCAAAACAUUCACCUUAUUCAGUUUGCAAGAACCCAGCCAGGAGAUAAGUCCUACAAAUGCCCUGAUCCUGUUAACUCUCUUACUGGUGGUACAUCCCUUGGUAUAUCAAAGGGUAUACAUAGGGAGAAACCCUAUGAAUGUAAGGAGUGUGGAAAAUUCUUCAGCUGGCGCUCUAAUCUUACCAGGCAUCGGCUUAUUCAUACUGGAGAAAAACCCUAUGAGUGUAAAGAAUGUGGAAAAUCUUUCAGCCGGAGUUCUCACCUCAUUGGACAUCAGAAGACUCACACUGGUGAAGAACCCUAUGAAUGUAAAGAGUGUGGAAAGUCCUUCAGCUGGUUUUCUCACCUUGUCACCCAUCAGAGAACUCACACAGGAGACAAACUGUACACAUGUAGCCAGUGUGGGAAAUCUUUUGUUCACAGCUCCAGGCUUAUUAGGCACCAGAGAACUCAUACUGGAGAGAAACCCUAUGAAUGUCCUGAGUGUGGGAAGUCUUUCAGACAGAGCACACAUCUCAUUCUGCAUCAGAGAACUCAUGUGAGAGUAAGGCCCUAUGAGUGUAACGAGUGUGGGAAAUCUUAUAGCCAGAGAUCUCACCUUGUGGUGCACCACAGAACUCACACCGGACUGAAGCCCUUCGAGUGUAAAGACUGUGGAAAAUGCUUCAGUCGAAGCUCUCACCUGUUCUCCCAUCAGAGAACCCACACUGGAGAGAAACCAUAUGAAUGCCAUGAUUGCGGGAAAUCCUUCAGCCAGAGUUCUGCCCUCAUUGUGCAUCAGAGAAUUCAUACUGGAGAGAAGCCAUAUGAAUGUUGCCAAUGUGGAAAAGCCUUCAUCCGGAAGAAUGACCUUAUUAAGCAUCAGAGGGUUCAUGUUGGGGAAAACACCUAUAAGUGUAAUCAGUGUGGGAUUGUCUUCAGCCAGAACUCUCCACUGAUUGUACAUCAAAUAGCCCACACUGGAGAACAGUUCUCAACAUGUAACCAGUGUGGGACAGCACUUGUCAACAGCCCUAACCUUAUUCGAUACCAGACCAAUCAUAUUAGAGGAAAUACUUACUAAUAUAGUGAAUAUGGAGAGUUCUGUACAAAGAGCAGUAACUUUCUUUUGCAUUGGAAACUCCUGGGGAGAAGCUGUGUAGAUGUAAUCUGUGCAGAAAUGCUUUCAGUCUUGUUACUACCCUUUUGUGCACUAGAGAACUGGUCCUAGAAGGGAGAAUAACCCAAGAUUUCAUUUUAGUACACAAAUAUAUCAGCUUUUCUUUCCACAAAUUCCUACAAAAGCAGUCGUCCUCGGAGCAUUCUUGACCAAGCCUUAAAAUGCUAAAAUCUGAGAAGUAGGUGAGUUGUUGAGAGAUUAUCCAACUUUGUUACCUUCUUCAAAAAAAUAGAGUUGCUACUGCAAAGAAUAAAAAAUUGAUACAGUUAUUGUAACAAAAGUGGAAAAUAGUAUUCCAGUGAGUUAAUAUGCUCCCCCCUCCUUUUUUUACUUAAUUGUCCUUCUGGGACAUUUAGUAGUGUUUACUGUUUUAUGUGUCUGAUUUAAGCCCCAUUUUGGUUAGCAGCAGGGAAAAUGCUUAUAAUGUAAUGUAGAAAAAUAACAUUUACUAGUAAUGGUACUUAUUUUAAAUAUAUUUGCAUGUGGGCAGGAAUUGGAAAAGUAACCAUGGAUAAAUGAACGGAAAUGAUUUGUUAGGUAAUGGGAUUGAGUUUUAUAGUUUAUUCCAUGUUACUCUGAUAAUUAUUUGAAGAUAUUUUUAAAUAUUAAGAAAAGGAUAUCCAGCUUCUCUAUUCUAUCAUCAAGGACAUUCAAGAACCAUCUACUAGCAGACUUUCCCAUUCUGUAUUGUUUAGGGUCAUAGUUAGAGUUGCACUCUUUGAGACAGGGUGCUAAAGGCUCCUGGGAAUUUAGAAACAGUGAUUCUUCAGACAUGGGGAUCUAGAGGAAGAUUAGGUAUUUGAGCACACCAGGGAGGGUCCCCAUUUGAGUGGGAACAGGUACUUGGGCCAUACUUAGAGCAACUAUGCUCAUGAAAUAAACAGCAGUGCCCAAAGCCACCCUCCUUCCAAGGUAGUCCUUUAUCUUUAUAAAGGAAACAUAGUGGUUAAAUGCAUAAGCUUGAGCUAGACUACCCAAGUUGAAAUUCCACCUCUGUCCUUAACUUGUUGAGUGAACUUGGGCAUACUGCCUAACCUCUCUGUGCCUAACUUACAGAUCUCCACUUCUUUAAAUUAGGGAUAUUACUUACCUUGUAGGACUGUGGUGGGUAUUAAGUGAGUAAACACAUAAGCAGUUUAGAAUAGUGCCUGAUGUAUAUUAAGUGCUUUAUCAUUGCUAGCUGUGGUGAUUGGUGUUACUGUCGUUGCCUCACCUUGGUGUGUGUCAUUGAAUUUAAACCUGCCUGAGUGUAAGAGCUCAGAGGGCUCUUGCUUCCCUCCCAGCCAUGUUUCCCUCUUUGUCAGCACUUAGCCUGAGGAAAUCAGUGCCCAUAUUGGGUGUAUUGACUCAUUUCCAAGGAUCAGUAAACAGCUUUUAAUAUUGUAUACGAAAUCAUCUUGUUUGUACAGAGAUAAUAUCUUCUAGGGAGAGGAGCCUAAUCUUCAGAUUCUGUGAUAAGUUCAUGACCCCCCAAAGAAUUAACAAUAGAACCUGUUUUAAUUCUCUUUCAUUCUGUAAAUGGAUCUCCUGUGUGUAGGGACUAGCCAUUAUCUGCCAUUUGCCAGCAAACAAGAUAUAUGUUAGAUGCUUAAUGAUUGAUGGUUGAAUGAUAAAUAUUUUUGAGACCAUGAGGACAAAGAUCUUGAUGUCUCUCUCACAGGAAAAAUCUAGAAAUGAUUGCUAGUGUCAUGAGACUUGGGAGCCACAGGGAACAUAAGACCAUCUAACUCGUACUCUUCAUCAUACAGUUGAGAUAAGGUGAGUUGGCGCAGGUCUCACAUUUUGAGUGAAGUUAGAUCCAGAACUAGAUCUCUGGUCUCUCCAUUACUACUGCUCUCCUCGGUGCAUAUAUACCAAUGACAAAUAUAAUAUACUCCUUUUAAAAGGAGUUUUCAUGAUAAACAGCAGUUCUUUAUGGGAGUGGAAGAGUAGCCCCUUAACUUGGCCUCUUAGAGUUUCUGAUAACCUAUGGCUCAAUUGUCCUCAACUGUAUAAUGGAGGUACUUCUAGUAUCUACCUCAGAGGGUUGUUGUGUGGAUUAAGUGAGAUAAUGUGUAUAAAGUAUUUAAAACAGUGCCUGGCACACAAGUACUAUAUGUGUUACCUACUACUAAUAUUACUAAUAUUAACACACUAAGGAAUGUAGGAAGAGAGAAAUGUCUAUGGAUGAUCACUAAAACAGUACUUAUAAUAGUGCAGAAUUUGCAGUAUAAAAUGUAUAAUAUUAUGCAGACAUUAAAAUUAUGCAAAGUUAAGAAAAAUGUUGAUGCUGUCGUGUGUUGAAGAAAGCAUGAUAAAUAAUUGUUAAUAUGGAGUAAACUCAAAUAUAUAAAAAUAAAUGAAUUGUAAAUAAGUGAAAAUGAAUCUUUCUCAAAACUCUUAAGGAAGUGGCGCCUGGGU